GUUCGCUUGGUUUAUGGACUCCUGAGGCUCCGGGUGACUGCGCCUCUUUGUGAUCAUCCGUACGCCGCUGAGCAUGGAGACGGUGAUGGAGAGGGAGUGCAGCGCGCUGGGGGGGCUUUUCCAGACUGUCAUCGGAGACAUGAAGGGCAGUUACCCCAUGUGGGAUGACUUCAUCAGCAAGGCCAGCAAGCUGCAGUCCCAGCUCAGGACGACGGUUGUGGCUGUAGCAGCUUUCCUGGACGCCUUCCAGAAAGUGGCCGACCUGGCGACAAACAGCCGAGGAGGAACGAGGGACAUCGGCUCGGCUCUGACCAGGAUGUGCAUGAGGCAUCGCAGCAUCGAGGCCAAACUGCGCCAGUUCUCCAUGGUGUUCCUGGACUGUCUGAUCAACCCUCUGCAGGAGCAGAUGGAGGAGUGGAAGCGAGUGGCCAACGCUCUGGACAAAGACCACGCCAAAGAGUACAAGAAGGCGCGUCAGGAGAUCAAGAAGCGGUCGUCAGACACUCUGAAGCUGCAGAAGAAGGCAAAGAAAGCCGACGUCUUUGGGCGCGGCGACCUGCAGCCGCAGCUGGACAGCGCCAUGCAGGACGUGAGCGACCGGUACCUGCUGCUGGAGGAGGCGGAGAAGCAGGCGGUGAGGAAGGCGCUGGUGGAGGAGCGGAGCCGCUUCUGCUGCUUCGUGUCCAUGCUGAGGCCCGUGGUGGAGGAGGAGAUGUCCAUGCUGGGGGAGAUCACUCACCUGCAGACUCUGACCGAUGACCUGAAGGCGCUCACCAUGGACCCACACAAGCUGCCCGCCUCCAGCGAGCAGGUGAUUGUAGACCUGAAGAGCUCCGAGUGCACCUGGUCGUACCAGACGCCCCCCUCGUCCCCCAGCACCACUGUGUCCAGGAAGUCCAGCAUGUGCAGCAGCUUGAACAGCGUGAACAGCAGCGACUCUCGCUCCAGCGGCUCCCACUGCCACUCCCCUACCUCCCAUUUCCGCUUCCGCGCCUCCUCCUCCUCCGUGCUGCCCCAGCAGACUCCUGCCCGCCUGUCCUCGGUCUCCUCCCAUGACUCUGGCUUCAUCUCCCAGGACGCCUUCCAGUCCAAAUCUCCAUCACCGAUGCCCCCAGACACCUCACAGCUGAGUGUCGCGUCUUCAUCUCCUCAGUGUGUCAACGAGGAGCCUUGCUGCUCCUCCUCUUCCUCACAGCCUUCAAAUGGUUCUGCCCAUCAUGCUUCCCUCUGUCUGCACGGAGCAGACACCCACCUCCACCCUCCAUUCUUCACCUACUCCACCGCCUCCCCCAUCUCCUCACCCUCCUACUCGCCCGACUUUCCCACGUGGCCCUGGUCUGGUCCAGGCUCCGGCCAAUCAGGAGAGCUGUCACCCCUGAGCCCCUCAGUGCUCCCGUCCUCCAGAGUCCCGUCCUGGAAGGACUGGGCCAAACCGGGUCCGUAUGACCAGCCAAUGAUCAACACCCUGAGGAGGAGCAGGGAGAGGAGAGAGCCUACAGAUCCCAGCAGCCACCAGGGCGCCGACCUGACGCCCCCGGGGGAGGAAGCGCCGAGGGUCAGAGGAAGCCACUCUCUGGCGGCGUCCAAGGAGGACAGGGAGGCCCACGAGGAGCUGGCCAGAGCGCUGGCCCGAGGCCUGCAGCUGGACAUCAGCGGCUCCAGCAGGGACUCGCUGCAGGGCUCCAGCGGCUACAGCAGCCAGACCAACACGCCCUGCUGCUCCGAGGACACCAUCCCCUCACAAGCAUCCGACUGCGACUGCUACUCUGUGGGAACGGAGCAGGACGGUGAGCAGCCGGCGUCCGACUUUGAUAAAUCCUGCACCAUCCCCAGGAACAGCGACGUCAGCCAGUCCUACCGCCGCAUGUUCCAGUCCAAGCGCCCUGCGUCCACAGCGGGGCUGCCCUCCGGCGCCGCCGCCGCCGCCCCCCCGGGCGUCGCCACCAUCCGCCGCACGCCGUCCUCCAAGCCCAACCUGCGGCGACCCUCGGGGGGCCUGAGCUUGGGGCCCAUCCCCAUCAAGCCUCCCAUGAUCCCAGUGAAGACGCCCACGGUCCCCGAACACCCCGGUUUUCCCAGCAAAGCCAUGUCCGAGGACGGCGGCGCUCCACGGACGCCGCUCAGUCCCACGACGCACUCGUCUCCAGCGCAGCACGCGUGCCCGGGGGCCGAGCCUCCCACCCCCCCCCCGCAGCCCGGAGGCCGCACGGUGGAGCGGGAGCGCCGGCCUCUGCCGGAGCUCCUGGAGGAGAGCGAGCACUCGGAGGUGGAAGACUACCUGGUGGCCAUCAGACGAGGCGUGAGGCUCAGGAAGACGACCACCGCCGACCGUUCGGCUCCACACAUUCACUAAGACAGACCCCGGCCGCACGGAGGCGAGCGCGAGGCGAGGACUGGAGGAAGUUGCCCACAGACUCUGAUCCAGGCCUGCUUUGGAAAUGUACAUUCAGAUUUAGAGAGUCAGCAUUGCUUAAUAUUCAACAUCAGCAGAAAGAAGUGGCAGGUUUAAGUGCUGAAGAAUCAAAAACAUGCGUCCAGGCUUCGUUUUAUCCUGCAUGAACGUGAGGAAAGGGACGUCAAAAGGACGGUUAAGGCUCAGAUCAGGUCCUCGGGCAACUUCCCCAGAGGAGGAGGAACAGACAGCAGUGUUGAGACGACGACGGCAGAGGAAGUAAGAUGAACUUAUGAAUGUACAUAUUUAUAUUGGGAUGUUUGUACCGUUUGUUUUUCAGGCUCUUCUUCCGUGCCUGUCAUCGCCUGUCGUCCCAAUGAAGGUGCCAAAAGCUACAUUUAAACUUGAAAUGCAAACAAAGAACCAGUUUAUAAAAACAUGUAAACUUAAUAAGACCAGUAUUGUUUUAGGGUAGAACAUUGAAGUAAAGAUGCGUUCGCUUGAUCUGCAUGAUGCUGACGUUUGGUCGAGCAGAACUGACACAGUCAUUAGAUUAGUCAUCGGGACGCGUGUACGCUGGUAGUAAACGGCAAAAGCAACUAUGGGAAACUAACAAGGACUCGAUGAGGAGCAGCUGUUUACUGGAGCAGGUGAUUGGUUAAUAAUCUGAUUACUGACUAGUCCAUCUAUUCUGGAUAUUUCCUCAGUCUGUUGUGAUGGUAAACGUAACAUGUUUGGGUUUUGGACUCAAUAAUCAGUGAUCAAUAACUAUAACUAGUCACAGCCCAGAAACCUCCUCUGCUCAGGAGCAUGAAAAAGCCAAAUGUCCCAUAGUCCUCGAACAUAACACGAGACAACACUAAGAAAAGUGUUUGUAUGUAACCGAGUAAAAGGUCGUAGACACAAACUGUCACGAGCUAAAGGCCACAGAGCUUUACUCAUUUAACCAAUAAAACUAGUAUUUAAUUAUGCAUGUUGUAUUUUUAGUUGAGCAAAGAUUUAAUACCUCUUUUGUACUGGACCAGAACCGUUGGACACUGCCGCCCUCUCCUGUGUGAUGAUUGAAGCCUGUCCAGUUGUGUGUUGACUGUCAUUUCCAGUGCAGGGCAUCGAACACAAUCAUGUAGCUGAUGCGAUAACAAGCGUGUGAAGCCGAACGUUCGAACCUGUGGCCUCUGUGACGUGAAUGUGAGCCAUCGAUGAUGUGAGCGAUGCUAAUAAUCAGUUAUUGGUAGCAGACAAUCUAGAACCCUCGUUAAAAGGCUAAAGAUGGACCUGUGGGUUUCUACUUCCGUCUCCUGAACCCUUGAGGUCUUAUUGCGUGGAGCGCUCUGGACCUGUGACGUGUUUCUAGGCCAGUGACUGCUUCAGGGACACGUAGGAUGGUGAGGUCUAACACUCACCCCGCAGGCGGUCUGUGGUGCAGUCAGUUUCAUGUUCACUUCUCGUCUCGUGUCUAUUUCUAUGUCUGUACCAACUGUUUAGGCUGAAUAAUAAAACCGUAGCAUACGA